AAUUUAUAUAAAAAAAACUAAUUUAUAAUUAGAUUACUGAAAUGGCGCCGCAAUUGCGAAUUUUAUCUAAUGUCAUAGAGCGUUUAAAGAAUAUAAAAGAUGGUGUAACAGGUCAUUUAUAUGGUGUUAUGUAUAAUAAUACAUUAACAGUAUUAACAUUUAGUAUAAACAUAACAGAUAAUGUUGAAACCAACCUAAAUCACACAAUGUUACAAUUACAUUUAUCAGCCGAAGUAUAUCUUUGUGGCAUUUUACAUGUUGGACAAUGUGAAGAGAAACUUCCUGAUGCAUUUCAGGACAUUGAUAUCACAGAUAAUCCAUUAUUUUUGAAGUAUACACAUGACGACUUAAAACUAGAAUCAUAUUUUUAUAUUCAUUUAAAACUUGAACCUGUUAACAACGUAAAAAUUAUUAUUGAGAAUGAUAUUUGUCAAGAAUUUAUUUACAUUAGGUUAAGAGGAACCUUACCACUAAUUGCACAAAAUGAUAAUAUAAUGGAAAUAUUAGAAGAAUCUAGAAAGAAUAUUGUAUCAGGAAAAAUAGGAAUUCAUUUUCCAGCAAAAAAUGCAUUUCUUUUUAACAAUGAAAAUAUUACAAAAGAUAUAUCUUUAAAAGAAGUUCUAGGCAUAUCUGAUUAUUGCAAUGGAACUAAAAAUGUACAGAAGGAUAUAAUAAAAUGUAUAGGAACAGUGGAUGCUGUAAAUGCUAAUAUACUUUUAAAAAUAUCUGGAGAUAAACUUUCUGAAGAUCAUAUUAAGUAUGCUCCAGUACUUCAAUAUAUAAAACGACCAUUUAAUAGUUUGGAAUGUAAUUUAUUUAUUGAUACAUUGUCUUUGGUCAACAUUAAUGUAAGUUCAGCAGAUUUGUAUGGGAUAUUGGUAGAAUCCAUGUGUCGAAAUAUUAAAUUGGUGGAGAAAUGUUUUGAAAAUCAACUUCAAAAAUCAGAAACACCCAUUAAACUUCCAGUACCCAUACAUUUUAAACCUCAAGGUUUUGGACAUUUGAUUACAGUGGUGUAUCCGAGUGGUUAUACCGAUAAAGAUACAAUGGAGUAUCGUGAAAAUUUACAUAAAAUUUUGGGAUUAAAUAUGACUAGACCUUAUUUCCGUUAUGGAAAUGCUGUAAAAUUUUCUAGUGAUUCAGAAAUAGGAAACAUACUCAUAAAUCCUCAUGAAGCAAUUGUGUUAAAUGAUGCUAUAGUAAAUAGUAAUAGAAAAGUACAAAUUGUACAAGGUUUGUAUACAUAUCACCAUUAUAUGCAAGAUAAUUUUGAUGAUAAUGGAUGGGGUUGUGCAUAUAGAUCUCUACAAACCAUUAUUUCGUGGUUUAGGUUACAAGGUUAUACCGAAAUACCAAUACCCUCCCAUCGUGUAAUACAAAAAUGUUUAGUUGGUAUAUCAGAUAAACCUUCCAAUUUUAUUGAUAGUAAACAAUGGAUUGGUUCUACGGAAGUAGGUUUUGUACUAGACAUUCUUUUGAAUAUUAGUGUUAAAGUACUCUGUGCAUCUACAGGUGAAGAAGUAUCAUCAUUAGCUCCAACUCUUCUACAUCACUUUCAAACACAGGGUACACCAGUAAUGAUUGGUGGAGGAGUAUUAGCACAUACAAUUUUAGGAAUUAGCUAUGAUCAAAUUACUAGAGAUGUUAAAUUCCUAAUUUUGGACCCACAUUAUACAGGUCCUGAACAUUUGCCAACUAUAAUAAAUAAAGGUUGGUGUGGAUGGAAAUCAAAAGAUUUUUGGAAAAAAGAUGCGUUUUACAACAUGUGUCUUCCACAGAGGCCUGUAUGCAUCUGAUUGUGUUAAAUUCAAAAUUCAAAACAAAUUGUGCAUAACAACACUGACAGUGUUCAAAAAUGUUAAUCAUUAAUUAGUAAA